AUGUUACGUUCAUCUGAAGAUACGGUCUUUGAAUAUGAUCCAGAAUUAGGAAAUAACAGUGGUGAUCAAAAAAGUACUAAAGAAACUGAUAAUCAAAUUAAAAAUAUGCAAGAGUCAACUUCACGAAGUGAUAAACAAUCAAUUCUAGGUGAAGUUUUAAAGACUGACUACUUAAAACUGAUACAAUCUGUAGCAUCUGAGAAGAAUAUUAAAGUUGGUAGAUUAGCUCCACCCAAUAUAAGUACUGAAAGUUACCAAGGUGCUUUAACACGAAUUAAAGUUGAUCUUGACGAAAUUAAAGAAACUAUAGAGACAACUCAGAAAAUUAUAGAUAAAGAUGAAGAAAUUUCUCAAACAACACUUUUUUCUAAUCCAGAUAUAUUACUAGGUGAAAUUGAGCAGUUAAAAAAUCAAUUGAAUAUACUUGCUAGCAAACAAGCAUCAUUUAGUAAUCAAUUACCUUCUUCCGAUUCAUUAAAGCAGCAAACUAUAUCUUUUAAAGAUAUAAUUAAUGAGUUGUUACACUGUGCCAAUACAUUAAAAUCAACUAAAUACCUUCAAAAUAAUUCCGAUAAUACUACAAAUAUUGAUGAAUUAAAUAAAGAAAAUAAUGAAAAUUUAACUGAAGUAUCAAUAGUAUGUGUUGGAGAUAAUAAUUCAAGUUUAAAUUUGAAGGAUUUGGUUGAUCUAGAACGACGUAUCUCUUUAAUAGAAUCAUAUCUUGGAAUUGACCAACUUUCUACAAUGCCUUAUUCAGAUAUACAAUCAGCAAUUAAUGAUAUGACUCAAAAGUUAUCUCUGCUUGAUUCAAAUAGAUUGGAGGGUAUUUUCCGUCGUGUUCAGGCACUUUCCUCAUCUAUUGAACAAUUAAAUAAGAAGAGAAGAGAUUUAAAUGAUAAAUUGUUUGAUGAAACUGAUUCUACAAGAAUCACUAAAUUAUAUGAUAUACUUCAACAAUGGAAAUCUUCUGGAGCUAUUUUACCAUUUAUUCUUGAACGUUUAAAACUACUACAAAUAUUUCACCAAGAUAUGGCUCAGAUAAAUUCUCGUAUUGCAGUUAUGGAAUCACAACAAUGUGAUAUUGAAAAGAUUCUUGAAACUUGCAAACUUUCUUUUGAAAAAUUAAAUAAUACUAUUUCAUUAGCUUGUAAACAACUUCAAAAUAUUCAGAAUAUCAACUAA